GUCUGCGCUACUGACCUGGACGAGGUAGACCAUGCCCGUCCCUCUGGCGGCGUUGCUCGCAGGCCCGCUUGUCCCGAGGUUUCCCUGAGCCGUUCCCUCUCAGGCUUUUGUAUAUCAUCAAUGGAAGAAAUAUCCAAACCUGUAGAGAAUUUUUAUGAGUUUAUUUGAGCCACACUGAUGACAUUGCUGGGAAGCAAGGUCCCAAAUACUCCAAAGGAUGUAUUUCUUUUCUAUAUUUGUAAUUAAGGAGGGAAUGUAAGGAAGAUUUACAUGAAAGUGAAAGAAAGCAAGAUUUUGUUUUGUGUACAACUGCUUUGGAAAAGAUGGCUGAUAUUAACCUCAAGGAAAUAACCUUAAUAGUAGGUGUGGUUACUGCGUGCUAUUGGAACAGUCUCUUUUGUGGUUUUGUUUUUGAUGAUGUUUCAGCAAUACUGGAUAAUAAAGACUUGCAUCCAUCUACACCUUUAAAAACUUUAUUUCAGAAUGACUUCUGGGGAACCCCUAUGUCUGAGGAGAGAAGUCACAAGUCUUACCGUCCCUUAACAGUAUUGACAUUUCGCCUAAAUUAUCUGUUUAGUGAACUGAAACCGAUGUCGUAUCAUCUCCUAAAUAUGAUUUUACAUGCUAUGGUCACUAUAAUAUUUCUUAAAGUCUGCAAACUUUUUCUGGACAGCAGAAGUAGUAUGAUUGCUGCUUUACUCUUUGCAGUACACCCAAUACACACAGAAGCAGUAACAGGUGUUGUAGGAAGAGCAGAACUUUUGUCAUCUAUCUUUUUUCUAGCUGCAUUUUUGUCAUAUACCAAAUCUAAAGGACCGAAUAAUUCCAUAGUGUGGACUCCAAUUGCAUUGACAGUGUUUUUAGUAGCUGUUGCAACAUUGUGUAAAGAACAAGGAAUAACAGUUGUGGGAAUUUGCUGUGUCUAUGAAGUAUUUAUUGCUCAGGGGUAUACUUUACCAUUAUUAUGUACUACUGCUGGACAGUUUCUCCGUGGAAAGAGUAGUAUUCCAUUUUCUAUGCUGCAGACAUUAGUAAAACUCAUUGUUUUGAUGUUCAGUACAUUAUUACUUGUUGUGAUUAGAGUCCAGAUUAUUCAGUCUCAACUUCCAGUGUUCACCAGGUUUGAUAACCCAGCUGCUGUAAGCCCGACUCCUACGAGGCAGCUAACUUUUAACUACCUCCUUCCUGUCAAUGCGUGGCUUCUAUUAAAUCCUUCAGAGCUCUGCUGUGAUUGGACCAUGGGAACAAUACCACUUAUAGAGUCAUUUCUAGAUAUUCGAAAUGUUGCCACAUUUACUUUCUUUUGUUUUUUGGGGGCUUUGGGAGUAUUCAGUCUCAGAUAUCCCAGUGAUUCCUCCAAAACUGUUUUAAUGGCACUUUGUUUAAUGGCGUUACCAUUUAUUCCUGCAUCGAACCUUUUUUUCCCAGUUGGAUUUGUUGUUGCUGAACGAGUAUUGUAUGUUCCGAGCAUGGGGUUCUGUAUUUUGGUAGCCCAUGGAUGGCACAAAAUAUCAAAAAAGAGUGUAUUUAAAAAGUUAUCCUGGGUUUGUCUAUCUUUGGUGAUAUUCACUCAUGCCUUAAAAACAAUCCACAGAAAUUGGGAUUGGGAAUCAGAAUAUACAUUGUUUAUGUCAGCCUUGAAGGUUAAUAAAAAUAAUGCCAAAUUAUGGAAUAAUGUGGGUCAUGCUCUGGAAAACGAAAAGAACUUUGAGAGAGCUUUGAAAUACUUUCUACAGGCUACCCAUGUUCAGCCAGAUGAUAUUGGUGCCCACAUGAAUGUAGGAAGAACUUACAAAAAUUUAAAUAGAACCAAAGAAGCUGAAGAAUCUUACAUGACAGCCAAGUCACUGAUGCCUCAAAUUAUUCCUGGUAAAAAAUAUGCAGCCAGAAUUGCCCCUAACCACCUCAACGUUUAUAUUAAUCUGGCCAAUCUGAUCCGAGCAGAUGAGUCUCGGCUAGAAGAAGCUGAUCAGCUGUAUCGACAAGCAAUAAGCAUGAGACCUGACUUCAAACAGGCUUACAUUAGCAGAGGAGAAUUGCUUUUAAAAAUGAAUAAACCUUUCAAAGCAAAAGAAGCAUAUCUUAAAGCACUGGAGUUGGACAGAAAUAAUGCAGAUCUUUGGUAUAACUUGGCAAUUGUUCAGAUUGAACUUAAAGAACCAAAUGAAGCUCUUAAAAACUUUAAUCGUGCUUUAGAACUAAAUCCAAAACAUAAGCUAGCAUUAUUCAAUUCUGGUAUAUUAAUGCAAGAAUCAGGUGAGGUUAAGCUCAGACCUGAAGCUAGAAAACGACUUCUGAGUUAUAUAAAUGAAGAGCCACAAGAUGCUAAUGGUUAUUUCAAUCUGGGAAUGCUUGCCAUGGACGACAAAAAGGACUCUGAAGCUGAGAUGUGGAUGAAGAAAGCCAUAAAGUUACAAGCUGACUUCAGAAGUGCUUUGUUUAAUCUGGCUCUGCUGUAUUCUCAGACUGCAAAGGAAUUACUGGCUUUGCCAGUUUUAGAAGAGUUACUCAAAUACUAUCCUGAUCAUAUUAAGGGUCUCAUUUUAAAGGGAGACAUUCUAAUGAAUCAAAAGAAAGAUAUACUUGGAGCAAAAAAAUGUUUCGAAAAGAUUUUGGAGAUGGAUCCAAGCAAUGUGCAAGGAAAGCACAAUCUUUGUGUUGUUUAUUUUGAGGAGAAAGACUUAUUAAAAGCUGAAAAAUGCCUGCUUGAAACAUUGGCAUUAGCACCACAUGAAGAAUAUAUCCAGCGCCAUUUGAAUAUAGUCAGGGAUAAAAUUUCUGCAUCUAGUUUAAUAGAACAGCCAAUAUUCCCAGUUACUAAGACUUCAGGAAACAAAAUUCCAACCGAAAAUGCAAGAGAAAUAAGAAGUGAACCCCAACUCACACAGGUAAUAAAAACAAGUGAUAAUAAAAGUUCAUCUAAAACCAACAAGCAAUUAGGAAAAGAUACAGACAGUGAGACCCCUCACAAAACAACAAAAGAAAUAAAAGAAAUUGAGAAGAAGAGAGUUGCUGCUUUAAAAAGAUUAGAAGAGAUUGAACGUAUUUUAAAUGGAGAAUAGCAUUACAUUUUAUUAUGUGACAAUGGUUUCAAAGAACUAAAGUCUAUAUCAAUUGGUUGCUUAUGGCAACUUUGAAAAAUAGAAAAGAUUCAUAACAGUCUAUCAUGAGCUGUCUAUAUGUAGGAUCAAAAUAAGAUUUUUAUUAAACACCUAACUUACAACAGGUUAUAUAUUCUAAGAUAUUACAUAGUUUUCUGAGUUUUGGUGAAUAUAGCCAAAAUAUUAAAUACAGGUGGUUAAUUUGUACCUUUUAUUAUAGAAGGAAGAUUCUUCCAGCAGAAUUUAAUUGACUACUCUCAAAAAGUCUUGAGGCCUGAAUGAUAAUCCCUUGGGGGUAAAACCAACAUUUGCUAUUUCAUUCUGUGAAUUUCUGUUUAUUACUGACUUCAUUUUUCCUUCACCUGUUGAAAUUUGGCUAUGAAUUGAAAACACUUAUUGAACACUUAUUUUUCCUAUAAUGACUUUCUGUUUAACCAAGGGACUUUGCCUAUAAAAGAAUACUGGCUUUAUGCAUAUUCUUUUAUUGAUUUUUAGAAGGAAUGCUAGAUGAAACACUUUAAAAUAAGUCAUGACAUGCGAGGUUAAGAAUGUAUUUUUAUAAUUGUGUGCUGUCCUUCACUCUAAAAUGCAAAUUUCAAUCAGGUAAAGUUUUAAAUAUAUAUGUGUACAUAUAAUACAUUUUUAAUGGUGCUCAUAUAUACUGUAUUUUUAUUUUCUUAACAUACUGAGAAUUUCACAACAUGAACCACAUAAUCAUGAUUAUCUUUGACUUAUAUUCCCCAAACUAUUCAUAUUUCUUAGGGUCAUAGUCAUAUUAAGAAGUCUCAAAAACUAUAACUUUAUUGAUUUAAAACACGGUAAGUUUCUCUUUCAUCUUAAGAUGUAUUAUCUCUGUAGUGUUAUUUGAAUUUAAAUUUUGUUUCCAAAAACAAUGUGAUGUUUAUUUUUAAACACUAAGUUCUUAAUGUCGUGUUAUGGUGUAUAUUUUUAUUAAAUAUUUAUUUUGACUACUGAGCUUUCAUAAAAUUUUAAAGCUGUUUUAAUUCUAUUAAGUAUGGAAAACAAGUUGCUAUAUUUCAUUUGCCUAUAUGUGCGUGUAUAACAGUUUAACCAAUAUUCCAUCAUUUUGGCCUGCUGUCCAUCUCUAAAAGAUAAUUAGUAAUUGAAUUAAUAAAUUGAUCAUUGGUUUUAGCAUAUUGAAUCUGAAAACUGUUAAAAGAGUAAAUACAAAUCAAAUUUAUUAAUUUAAAUAUAAUAUUUUUCUUAACUGCAUUUCAAGUGAAUUUCAUAAUACUUAAUAAAGUUGAUAUUCACUUAAAAUGUUAAAGCUAACCUCCUGGGACAGUAGCAAAUUCUCAUUAUAAAGUAAAAAGCUAUAUUUUGUUUUUGUCUUUUUUUUUUUAGUUAACUUCUAAUUGUGUAUUGUUUCAAAAAACAUAUCCCUGUAACUUUUUAAAAGAAAUGUUUCAUAAAUAGGUCACAAAAAAUAUGGUUUGCAUUAAGGACACACUUGUGCAAGGUUCCCUGAGGCUCUCUCCUGGAUUAAUUUUUAGGCAAUGUAAAGCAAACACUGACAGUAAUGGUAGUGAUUCUUGAUGCAGGAGAUUCUGUUAUUCAUUAAAUACCUAAUUUCAGUUCUUAAAUUAUGGCUUUGUGACUCCAGAUAUACAGUAUAGCGAGAAUACCUCAUAUGCUAUGACUUGAAAAAUGAAAUCUGAAAUCUGCAUUAUUAUUCUUUACACAUAUCUUGAAACAAAGCUUCUGGGUAUGAUCUCCUUAGGUAUAGUAGCAAGUGAGUAUAGUUUAGAAAAGUAGAAGGAAAUCUUUCAUGACAGCAGACUAUAAUAAAAGCUUUGAGCAAUAUUUUAUUAAAGUUAUAUAACAUUCAGAAGAUAAAAGAUAUAUUAAUAUUAUCAAAUGAUUUUUGUAGAAAAAAGAAUUUCCUCUUUACUAACUCUUAGAAGAGUGCCUACCAUGUAGGAAGUGCUCAUAUAUUUGAAUUUUAAAUAAUUUAUUUAAAUCAAAUUCAACCUGAAAUUUGUAAUUUUUACAAAUCAGUGAUUUGCAACCCUCACUUUAUAUUUCAAUAAUCUAUAGGGCUCUUAAUAUGAACCCACCCACAACAGUUAAAACUGAAUUUUUUAGGGUUGGAGCUUUUAAGUUUUUCUAAAAGUUCCCGAAGUUAUGCUAAUUUUUGGUUAGAGUUAAAGAACACGGAUCUAACUUAAUUUUUAAAAAAUCCUACUAUCUCUCCUGUAUUAACUUUUUAAGUAAUAUAACCCAAUUAAGCUUUU